CGGCGCGCCCCGGCCCGAGCCGGCCCCGGCGGGGGGAGGCCCCGGCUCACCUGGAGAGGCGGCAGCGCGGAGGGUGGGGGGGCAGAGCCCCGGAGGGGGAGACGGUGCCCGCCAGCCCCCGCCGGAGCGCCCCUGCCGCGGCCUUUGUCUGCGCUGUCACAUGGGCCGCGGUGCGGGAUUUAAGCGGGUCUCCGCAGGACAUGCCGUGAGCGGCGCGCCGCAGCCCUGCCCGCAGCGGCAGCGCUCCGCCCGGCCGGGGAUGCGGCUCUAGCGGCCCCGCGAUGAGCGGCUCCUCCAUGGCGAAGAGCGAGUCCCGCACUUCGCUGCUGAAGGCGGCGGGGAGCCGGCGGGCGGCGGGCGGCCAGCCCCAGCCCCGCGGCAGCCGCGUCCGGGACGGCAAAGGACAAGGCGGGCAGAUGGGGAGGGAGCUGAGCCAGGAGCAGCUCCCCGGGGAGCCCAGUGCCCGCAGGCCGCUCUGCCACCCAGGCGCCCGGGAGGACGGAGCGAGGGGCGCGGGGAAGCUGUCACAUGGACGGGGGGAGAGUCAGCCCGAGCCGGCGGAAGGAGGUCCAAGGAGAGGCAGCGGCAAGGAACCGGGGAGGACAUCCAGGCAGCAUCACCACCUCCCGCCGCACGCCAGCCACGGUCACCCCCAGGACCAGCAUCAGCUCUCAGACAGGGAUGGGGAGGAGGCAGAGGAGGACUUUUUCUUCAGUCACAGGCAGAGGUCCAGCAGAGAGUCCCUGAAGCUCUCGGAAGGCGCUUCACCUCUGUCCAAAUCCAGCAGCAAGUGCUCCACCAAGUCCAGCGGCAGCGAUCGGUCAGUGGAAGCGGAUCCCCUCAUCCAGCAGCUGCACCCCAUGCUCAGCUCGGUCUUUGGCCAGGAUAGAGAACUGCGUCCAGAAGAAAUUGAAGAAUUAAGAGAAGCCUUUAAGGAGUUUGAUAAAGACAAGGAUGGGUUUAUUAACUGCAGGGACCUGGGGAACUGCAUGCGGACCAUGGGCUACAUGCCUACUGAGAUGGAGCUAAUAGAGCUAUCCCAGCAGAUCAACAUGAACUUGGGUGGCCAUGUGGAUUUUGAAGAUUUUGUUGAGCUGAUGGGACCAAAACUUCUAGCAGAGACUGCAGACAUGAUUGGUGUAAAAGAACUCCGUGAUGCCUUCAGAGAGUUUGACACCAAUGGAGACGGGGAGAUCAGCACCAGUGAGCUGCGAGAAGCCAUGAAGAAACUUCUAGGGCAGCAGGUGGGUCACCGGGAUAUUGAGGAGAUCAUCCGGGACGUGGAUCUGAAUGGAGAUGGGCGUGUUGACUUUGAAGAGUUUGUUCGCAUGAUGUCCCGUUGAAGAUUAUUCUCAGCUAAAGAAGAAUCAGCACCUUAGAGAGGGCAGAAGAGGACCUAGAUGGAGCAUCUAGCCCCGAUGUUCCUACAUGAAGGUUUAUCGGCUGGCUGCAAUUUGGACAUUGCAAGAUGACCUGCUGCUCCUCCCUCAUGGUGGUCCCCAUGCCCCUCCACCCUUUCACACUGUGAAAGACUUGCAACUUCCUACAACUGGAACCAUUCCUUGAAGAAGAUUGCAGGAAACUGCAGAGCCAGGACUUGCCAUGAUGCUUUCAUGGGAUAUUUGCAACUUUAGACUCCUCCUCCCCAGCUUUAUUCUCCCACCAGCUGCUGCAAAGCAAAAGCAGGAGAAAUCCUCUUGGCUUGGUGGAUGAGAGCAAAGCCAUUGGGACUGGUGGCAGCCUCAGGGCGUGCUCUGCACUUCUUGGUUUCCCUUGGUGAACCCUGUCUGUGUUUGCUGUCUCAGUGUGUGUCUAUCUGUGUGGAGUUAUUUAUGCUUCCCCAACACUUAUUUGCA